AUGGCAGACGGCAGCUGUGUGCAGGAGAGUUUCGUCCGCGGAAACGUUGCUCGGUCUCAGGCCGACAAGAGCCCUGGCGCCCGCGUCGCAAAGGACGGUCGACGCAGCCCGAUACCGAUGCUCAAGGAAGCCAAGCAGCGCGUGGCCGCGAAGGAGGCAGCCGGCGCGUACGACGAAUACGCUCCCAUCGAGCGGGUGGCAUCGCGGAAGAACAACCGCGUGUUGAUCUGCACAGAGCGUCAGUGGGAGGCGUACAAGUCGAACUUGGCGCGAGCGACUGCGUUGGCCCGAUUUCAGGAGGCGCACGGGCAGGUGUUCCCCACGGAUUCGACAGAGUAUAGGCGGGCGGUGGAGAACGUCGACGUCGAGGCGGAGCUCGCGUUCCUCAAGGGCAGUUGGGCCAAGAAAUGGAAGGCUCGCGGGUGGCCGCACGGUAAAGGCAAUAACAAGUCCCUGAGUAACCGGUGGGAUUAUCGCGUAGAACUUGGUGAGAAUCCGGGAGAUCAUAAACCUGGACCGUCGGAGGCUGGAAAAGUAACCGAGUAA